GAGUAUCUUUCGUGGAAGCGCAAUCACAAACCGCUUCUGCCAUUCCAUUCCAGAAAGUCACAGAGCAAAAGAAAACCAAAACAAUCCCCCAGAAAUUUCCAGAUUCACUCUCCUCAUCAUUAUUAUUUAUUAUUUUAUAGUGUAUCACCCAACCACCCACUAACUAAUCGCUAUUUGAGCCACCAUAGAUUAACAACAGUAGUUUUCGUCAAUUCAAAGUCAAGUCUACAGCUUACAUUCGGUUUUUAAGAAUGUUGAGCUCUCAAGGUCUGGUUUUGGCUACAGCUAUGGCCGUCUCUGCGGGAACCAUAAUUAUCCUUGAUCUUCUCCGGGACAAGUACUUUCACCAGAAUCAACAAUCCUUCCCAGAGAAACACCGGAUUCUCAGGUCUUGUUUAACGUCUUCAGCUUCAGGAGGCGAUAGGAACAAGGAGAGCGAGAAGAAAUCGAAGAAGAAGAAGAGAGUUCAUUUUGCAGAGGACGUGAAGGACACAAUCGGGAAUGGCGAGGAGUACCGGAGACAAUUCGAAAUGGUGAAUAAUCAGAGGCGGCGUUAUUCGUGCGGGAAUGCCGGAAACAAGGGAAUGCCGGAAAAUCGGGCGGCGCUGUACGCCGGAGUGCUCAGAGAUCGGGUGCAGCGGAUGGAAUACUCAUACUGAUCGGAUCUGAUCAGAUCAUCUGAAAUUUGUGUAUCCGAUCCGCCGGACUAAUUCAAUCGAUGAUUGAUCAGAAGAAAUCUGAAUCUGCUGCGGCGUUGGUUUGUUCAUGUGGUUUUGUUUUGUAGUAGGUAGUCGUGUAGAUUUCGUAUAGGAGAGCAAAAGGAGGAAUUGACUAGAGAAGACGUGGGAGCCUUUAAUUUAAUUUAGUAUUGUACAGUGUGUUCCUGGCGCUCACUGUUCUCUGCUUUUCUUUUCAACUCUCUAUUAUGUAAACUGUUUUUGUUUUUCUCUUUUGCUACACAACAUAACUAAAUAGUGUUUGCACACAUA